UGGCUGGCUGUCCACAUUGGAGUGUGCGCUGUGCUGUGCUGUGCUGUGCGGGAUACAACUGUGCGCGAUGCGGAAUUUGUGCAUAAUAAAAUAAUUUAAAUCAUAUUUUAAAAAUCUCCACAAUGGGAGAGGAAAAAAUUGAAAAUAUUCGACCAAAUGGUCUGGGCGUGCGGCACGCGCAGACGUUCCUGCUCUUCCUGGCCAUGCUGUUCGCGUUCUGCAUGCGCGUCAACAUGAGUAUGGCCAUCGUCGACAUGACCAACGACAAGCACCCGGAGCACUUUGAGUGGUCUCACAGCGUACAGUCGAUGAUCCUGUCGUCGUUCUUCUGGGGCUACAUCGUGUUGCAGCUGCCGGCGGGCGAGCUGGCGCGCCGCGUUGGCGGGAAAGUCCUCAUGACAAUCGCUGUCUCUGUUAAUUCUCUAUUAUCUCUGCUAAUGCCUACUGCUGCUAAAAUCGGUGGUUGGCAAUUGGUUUGCGCAUGUCGCGUGCUGCAAGGCCUUACUCAGGGCUUUAUCUACCCCUCCAUGCACCACCUCGUCAGCCAGUGGAUCCCCCUGGAGGAGAACGGACUCCUGAGCACUAUUAUUUAUGCAGGUGGUCAGCUUGGUAUAGCGUUUCAGCUAAUAAUAUCAGGCUUCAUAGCGUCGGAGUGGGGGUGGCAAGCGAUAUUCUACACCAACGCAGUGCUCGGACUCAUUUGGACUGUAGUUUAUUUGAUAUAUGGUUCCUCGUCUCCGGAACAAUCAAAAAUUGUGUCGAAAGAAGAAUUAAGAUACAUACAAAGAUCAUUGGGACGAGUCGACAAUCAAAAGCGGCAACCGUCACCGUGGUCGAAGAUCGUAACUAGCCUGCCGCUGUGGGCGGCCGUGGUGGCGCACUGCGGACAGAAUUGGGGAUUCUUCACGCUCAUGACUGAGAUGCCCACGUACAUGGCAAAAGUACUGGGAGUACAGUUGAAGAGUAACGGCGUCCUGUCGUCGCUGCCCUAUCUGGCGAUGUACUUGCUGAGCUUCCCCAUGGGCGCCAUGACUGACCUUAUUAUUCAUCGUGGCUGGCUCAGCAUCAGCAACACCAGAAGACUAUUUAACACUAUUGGUCUUUGGGGUCCGGCUAUCGCACUUAUUGGUCUGUCGUACGCUCCUGAGGGUAAUACGUGGAUUGCCGUUACAAUGUUAACUGUCAGUGUUGGCAUUAACGCCGGACAGUAUGCUGGGUAUUUGCUAGUGAUAAUAGAUCUGGCGCCGAACUUCAGCGGCUCCAUGAUGGGCAUAUCCAACUUCUUCGCCAACGUUAUCUCUAUCAUAGCGCCCCUCGUUUGCGGAUUUAUCAUUGAUGAUGAGACGGCAGCAUCGGAGUGGCGGAAGGUGUUCUUCCUCGCCUCGGGCGUGUAUUUCUUCACAAAUCUUUUCUUUUUAAUAUUUAUGACUUCAACGAGGCAGCCGUGGAACGAACAUAAGAAAGAAACCGAUAUCGAAAUAAAACCGACGACUGGCUGAAGAAACACCGCGGUCUAAAUCACUACUUUUUUAUUUAUUUCUGUACCUGAAAUAACAAAGGCUUGUAUAUAGUUAGACAUAAUAAAAAUAAUACUGGA